UCUAUUUCCUAGGAUAACAACAGCUUAACUCUGCCGUUCUCUGUUCUUUCAUCCAUCGUCUUGCUUGGGAAAGAAAUUAGGCUUUAUGUAACUCGUAUUGUGCCGUUCUUUGUUCUUUGAUACUACAUCAUGAUCAUCUUGAUUGGGGUUGCUUCCGUUUUCUGGCACCUCUUUUGCUUGGGAGGUCGAUCUCGUGCUGUGAUUCGACGGGGAUCCCUUCCUGUUUCCUGCUGGAAAUGUUGUUUCCUUAUUGCGUGCCAGGGAAGAACUGCCGAUUGGUUAUUAUUAUUAUUUCCUAGUUUUGUGUGGUUGCGUGUGUGUUACUAUUAACGUACACAAGGGGCGGUGAUCGGCCAGUCAGCGCUAACUGCUGCUGAGACCUGCAGAAGAACUGUCAAACAAACUGUUGCCUUCUAUUGUCCAUCGUUUUCCUUUCUCUUUCCUUGACGUCCUCCCCGGUUAGCAUCCUGCUCACCUUCCAUUUCCCCUGCUUCACUCUUCUGUUCGUCGUUUUGGUUUGGAGCGGAGACCGCAGGUGACGCAGGAUUUUUCGCGCUCAUGAAUCGCCGAUCAAAUCCACAUGUUUUCCUCCACUGAAUCGACCUUUCAUGGUGCACGAGAGCUCACUUGCACAUGACUUCACUGCUAGUAGCACUCAGGGGACGGCGGAGGAAGCAACCCCGCACCGGGCUCGCGAUGGGGCUCCACCAGCGGGACGACGCCGGCGAGAGCAGCGGCGGCGGCGGGGGGAAAGCCGCGCUCUGCGACGAGGGCGCGGAGGCUGAGCCGGGGGUGCCCGCGCACGCGACCGGCCGCGUGCCGCCGUGGACGGAGCAGCUGACGCUGCGCGGCCUGGUGGUGAGCGUGGCCGUCGGCACCAUGUACAGCGUCAUCGUGAUGAAGCUCAACCUCACCACGGGCCUCAACCCCACCCUCAACGUCUCCGCCGCGCUCAUCUCCUUCGUCAUGCUCCGGGGCUGGACGCAGGCGCUGGCCCGCCUCGGCCUCGUCGUCCGCCCGCUCACCCGCCAGGAGAACACCGUCGUGCAGACCUGCGCCGUCGCCUGCUACAGCAUCGGAUCCGCCGGUGGGUUCGGGUCCUACCUGCUCGGGCUCAACAAGAAGACCUACGAGAUGGCCGGGGUGGACAUGGAGGGCAACGUGGGCACGAAGGAGCCCGGCGUUGGGUGGAUGACCGGCUUCCUCUUCGCCGUCGCCUUCGUGGGGAUUCUCGCGCUUGUCCCUCUCAGGAAGAUUUUGGUGAUCGACUACAAAUUAACCUACCCAAGCGGAACUGCAACCGCCGUGCUUAUAAAUGGAUUUCAUGCGCCUAAGGGAGAUGAUGUGGCAAAGAUGCAAGUGAAUGGAUUCACAAAAUACUUUGCAAUUAGCUUCGUCUGGAGCUUCUUCCAGUGGUUUUAUUCGGGUGGAGAUCAUUGUGGCUUUUCGCAGUUCCCCACUCUUGGAUUAAGAGCUUGGAAACAAACGUUCUUCUUUGACUUCAAUCUCACAUAUGUCGGGGCAGGGAUGAUUUGCCCCCACCUUGUCAAUAUAUCUCUCCUUCUUGGUUCUGUUCUCUCCUGGGGCAUAAUGUGGCCACUGAUUGCUAAUAUGAAAGGGAACUGGUAUCCUGCAGAUUUACCAGAAAGCAGCAUGAAAAGUCUGCAAGGUUACAAGGCAUUCAUUUGCAUAGCUCUCAUCCUAGGAGACGGCAUAUACAAUUUUACAAAGGUUAUGGUUAAGACCACCAUCAGUAUGCUUGACAAAUCAAAGCAGAAAAACACAAAGAACGGGGAAGGUACUCUGUCACUCGCUGACCAACAUCGCAAUGAAGUGUUUACAAGAGACAGUCUCCCUAACUGGAUAGCCAUUUUAGGUUACUUUGCAUUGUCAGUCGGCGCUGUAAUCGCUAUUCCCAGGAUGUUCCCUGAGUUGAAGUGGUACUAUGCUGUCGUAGCAUACUUACUGGCUCCUGCCCUGGGUUUCUCCAAUGCCUAUGGUUCCGGCCUUACUGACAUCAACAUGGCCUUCAACUACGGAAAAGUUGCCCUCCUCAUUCUUGCGGCCGCGGCUGGGAAAGAACAUGGUGUGGUUGCUGGGAUGGUAGGCUGUGGCAUGGUGAAAUGCAUGACGUCAAUAUCUGCUGAUCUGAUGCAGGAUUUCAAAACUGGGCAUCUUACAUUAACAUCACCUAGAUCAAUGCUUAUCGCUCAGAUCAUUGGCACCGCCAUGGGCUGUGUCAUCUCACCACUGACAUUCUAUGUGUUCUACAGUGCCUUUGACAUAGGCAACCAGGACAGCCCCUGGAAGGCGCCGUAUGCUCUAAUAUACCGAAACAUCGCGAUUCUUGGUGUGCAGGGCUUCUCUGCUCUGCCCAUGCAUUGCUUGCAGCUGUGCUGUGGAUUCUUUGCAUUUGCACUGGCGGCCAACCUCAUGAGGGAUUUCCUUCCGUGGAAGUAUGGCAAAUGGGUUCCGUUGCCCAUGGCAAUGGGGUUCCCCUUCCUCGUCGGCGCGAGCUUCGCCAUCGACAUGUGCGCCGGGAGCUUGAUAGUCUACAUCUGGCACAAGAUGGACAGGAUUAAAGCAGCACAUAUGGUGCCAGCAGUUGCAUCCGGCUUUAUAUGUGGGGAUGGGCUUUGGAUCUUCCCAGCUUCCUUGCUUGCAUUGGCCAAGAUCACUCCACCAAUGUGCAUGGCAUUUGCUUCUACACACUAGAUGAGUGUCAUGCCUGAUAGUGGUCCCUGGCUCGCGGCUCAAUGGCUGAGGUUUUGCAUAGCAGGGUGAAUAAGUUGAAUGAUAUAUUAAUCCACAAGGUGUAAAAUUGUAAGAAGUAUAUCUUUCAAGAGCAGCAGAUCCAAUUGUCAAAUGUCGGUUUCCAGCUGUUGUCUGCAAAUAUUGUCAUCGAUAUAUAUACCAUCAAGUGAAGGCUUGUCAGAUGACGUGGCACAGAAAGACUUGUCAAGUAAUGUGUAUAUGAACUGAUGAGUAUAAGACUGGGUGUGAAGAUAGAUGAGCACCCUCGACAGGAUUACCGCAGCGGUGAAUUACCGUAUGCUGCAGCAGGCAACAUCAUGAGUUUCUGAUAUUGAUGUACAGGCCGGGGGCUUCGUUCCUCCUUUUCCAAAAACAAGUCCAAGAAAAUCAGGGUGCUUACCACUGAGCAGAAACAAAAUUAGGCCUAUAUAUGUUACUGUGUAAUUAUCUUUGUGUGAUAGUUAUUUUUUCCGUGAGAAGUGCCUAUCUAUCAGUGAUGUAUGUGUACGACAUGGUGAUGUAUGUGCGGUGCCCUCCAAUUUGUCGCAGGGUUCACUCUAAUUGUUUCUCGAACUCAAAGCCCAUCUCCAAGUUAUUCAGUUA